AUGGACGCCAAUCCGCACGCAAACAUCCCGGAUUGGAACCUGGUCGACGAGAACUUCGCUCCGGAGGUGAGGCGAUAUCAAUGUUUAGGUCGGAUCCCCGGUGCGACGCCGACGCUGAAGCCAGAUCACUCCACGCUCCUCGUGCAGGACUUUGAUAGAUUGUUUUCCGAGACGCAGAAGUACUUUGGUCUAACGGAAGCACAAGCGCUUAAUUUCGUGCGUUAUCACAUAGAUAGAGAGCGAGAAGAGCUCCGACAGAUCCGAGCACGUCAAGAAGCGGAGCUAUUGGCUCUCGACCAAGAGAUGGCGGAACUUCUACGCGAAAACCUCCGCCUCAAAUUUUUGCGGGCCAGAUUGCAACUCGGGCAAUGUUUAGCGCACACGAGAAGAGCAUUCUCGCACACCCAAAGUUGGAUGCGCAGGUCCAGUGCUUUGCGCAUUUUCAUCGUGGUCUGGCUGGUAAUUCUCCUCUGCUACGAGGUGUUUGCCAUGCUCAUACCUGCAGUAUGGCUUCUCUAUUCCAAGGAAGAGGUGGAAUGGUGCGGGAAUCAGCCAUUCAAUGAAGUAGAAAGGAGCGCGCAAGGGACACACGGCAUCUUCGAGUCCGAGUCGCACAAGUCUUGCAUCGACCGAGAUAUCUGCUUUCUUCAGUAG